AUGAAACAGGACCAGUCUUUGCUGUUUGUGAUCAGAGGAUCAUUGAAUGUUUCUAACUACACAAGAGGAAGAAACACAAUACAAGACAAUGAGCCGUAUCGGUGUUACACGGAAUGCGGGGGCGGACCAGUGGGUUUACAGGGCAAAUAUUGUUAUUGUUUGAGCGGGGAUAUUGCUAUAACGAAGCACGUUGAAGAAGUCCGAUGUCCUGGGUCGUAUGAUCAGUUCUGUGGAAGUGACACGACAAUGUCCGUUUAUGAACUGAAUAUUCCUGAACGUUUACCGUUUGUUCCUACUAAUUAUGCCGCAUGUGGUUAUUUAUCUGGUUAUUGGAAAGCUAAUGGCGCCGAUCUUUUCGAGCUGAAAUUUGACACAAGCUGCUCUUCCUAUUUGACGAAUUAUGCAUGUCCAGAACACGCGUUUACAGGCAAUAGACGCAAAUGCGUCAGUGGAGUGUGCAUAUCAUAUGGACAGGAAACGUGGGAAGAUGCGAUGGACGCAUGUGGGAACAAACUGAUUAAGCUGACUACUAAUGCCACGCAGGCACUAAAAACGCUUAUUUCAAAUUGGUACGACAUAUACGACACAUACUGGACAGACCACUGGGUUGGGCUCGAGCGACACGUGACGAGGAAAUGGAUCAAUGGUACGGAUAUACCGGAUAAACGUAUUGAGGGACAUGACACUAAACCCAAAUGCAUCGCUGUGUACAAAUCUUACUAUGGAGGACGUAUACAUAUAAAACAUGUACGGCUAUCAUGCUGGAGGAAGCUGAAGGCUGUUUGUCAAAUAUACACACCAAAAACAACAACGGUGUCUAUCGUAACGUCAGCCAAAGUGCAUUCAACAUCUCCUGCGAUGUCUACAACAACGCCUGUCGUGUCUACCGAGACGAGUAGUUCCCAAUCAGGCCAGACAGGAAACAUAAAGUCUACACAGGCAAUAGCUGGAACAACUGAAUCACAGAGACAGAUGAGACCGAAAAGUGAUUCUAGUGGCAUGAUUGCUGGUGUUGCAGUGGGCAUAAUAGCACUGCUGGUUUUAGCUGGAGUUGUUGUUCUUAUCUGGAUGAAAAGAAGCAAGAGAUUUCUUUUCAAGUCCGCUAAACUGGAUGAUCAAAGAAGAGCUGCAUCACCAGUCCAUGCUACAACCUCAGUACCUAACACCUAUGAGCAAUAUGACAACAAUGCAAACAACAGAAUCCAAUAUGAAAGUGUGGCAUACUGUGCUCAGCCAAACACGAAAGCCUUGCGUGGUCCAAUCGCUGUUUCAUCCAUCGACUACGACCUUGCUGCUGCAGAUGACGCACUACAGGGAACUCGUGAUUUAGCGGAUCUACCCAAUGGCGUCAGGCCACGUGAUGACUACGAACUGGCGGGUCCAGAUGACGCAAAGCCAGAAACGGCUUAUGCAGCAGAUUCGUCCAGUUACGCCUGUCCUGGUGAUUACUUUGAACUGGAGGGUCCAGGUGACUCUGGACCAGAAACAGAUGCCUAUGAACUGGAAUGUCCAGCAGAGAAAGCUUCUGAUGAAUACAACACUCUGCACGAGACACAGCGAGACAGAAACGUAGAUCUAAGCUACAGCCACAUUGGUGCAGCCGAGAUAACUGGAGAUCUGUACAACACGACAGAACCGGCACCACACGGACGGACGGACAAUGAGACAUACAGCCACAUCAAAGGAGACAGAUUUGAAGACGAGGAUAUGUACAACCAUACGGACGGGUCAGAUGACGUACCAGAGCUGUAUGAUCCAGAAUACAGCCACAUUGCUACACAGUAGAUGUGUGUACGUGAGAUAAAACAUAGUUAUACAUGUUGCAAACCCCCCGACUAGACACAUUCUGUAACAGAUAAAACAUUUAUAUUGAUACAAUCUGGAUAAUAUAUGUUUUGUAACUAUGACCAACAUAGGCCAAGCUAAGUAUGUGACAUAUGAUACACUGUGAUACAGUUAUAUUGAUACAAUCUAGAUAAUAUAUGUUUUGUAACUGUGGCUAACAUACGCCAAGCUUAAUAUAUGACAUAUACAUUGUAAUACAUUUAUAUUGAUACAAUCUAGACAAUAUCCUUUGCGAAUACGCAUUACCUACACAAUAAGCAAUUUUGUUACAUAGAAUACAUUUAUAUUGAUGCAAUAUAAAUAAUACUAGUUUAUGUUCUGUGAAUAUGGCAAACUCACAGCCACAUUCUUUGACAAAAGUAUAAAUUUAUAUUGAUACAUUCUAGAUGAUACAACUAUAUUAUUUGUGAAUAUGGCAAACUCACAGGCACAUUCUGCGACACAAGUGUAAAUUUAUAUUGAUACAGUCUAGAUGAUACAACUAUAUUAUUUGUGAAUAUGACAAAGCUGUGGGCCAAGCCAAUUUUGUGAAAAAGUAGAAUAUAUUUAUAUUGAUACAAUCUGCUUAAUACAUGUUUUGUACAAGCAAACAAUGUGACGGAGAAUACAUUUAUAUUGAUACAAUCUUUACAAGCAUGAAACACACACACACACACACACACACACACACACGAACACACACACACGCACACGCACACGCACAUAUAUAUAUAUAUAUAUAUAUAUAUAUAUAUAUAUAUAUAUAUCACAAUAAUAUUUUUUUGGUUGUAAAUAUCGCAAUCCGUUUAUAUUGGGGGCGGGAUGAUAAAGCGCUCGCCUGAUGCACGGUCCGGUUAUUUCUCUUUCCCGUCAGUACACCACAACUGGUAUAUCAAAGGCCGUGGUAUGUGCUAUCCUGUCCGUGGGAUGGACAUAUACAAUA